AAUUUUUUAAUAAAGUAUGAUUGGUUUUUAAAUAAAUGGAACAAUAAUAGGCGCCGACUCCGGACGAGAAAUCGACCACGGAAUCUAUGGGAAGUCCGAUUCAUCACGAUAUGAAACGCAAGUAUUCUCAGAUCAGCUCAGACGAUGGGACCAGCGAGGAGUCUGACAACGAGACGCUGGAAUCGAAACUGGAUAGACUCGCUUUGAACACCAGCGCGGAGGAUCCUGAUUUCAAUCCAAACGAAUGUUCCAUCAUGGAUUCGAGCACUUCGAGCAGCGAGAGCGAAGAGGAUAAAGUAUCCUCCGACGAAUUAAAAGAGCUUCAAACGGAGAUGCUAAAUUUCACAGGACAUCGCACAAACAUUUUCGACGAGUUGAGUCCCAAGGCUACCAAAGAGGACGUGGAAGUUUUCAAAGAAAACGAGAAGAAGGAAUAUUCGCUGGUCACUCCGGAGGAUGAAGAUAGAACGGUAAAUGCAAUAUAUCUAACACUCUUGUGUUUGUACUGUAUUUUCUGUUUCAUGUGGGUGUGAAAUUAACUAACGAUUUUAAUUAUAAAUGUG